CCUAAAAACUCUUAAUUUGUUUUUUCAGCUGGGCCUGCCCACAAAACGUUAAAAGUGGUGCACUUGGAUUUGAAAGGAGCUCCACCCAAACUGAGUUAUCUACGGCAGCUGCUGCCGUUGCUUUCAAACGCGGGCUGCGAUGCUAUCCUGCUGGAGUAUGAGGACAUGUUCCCUUAUCAUGGAGCUCUGGCUAACAUCUCGGCCAAGAAUGCUUACACGCAGCAUCAGGUGAUGGACCUGCUAUCCCUGAUCCACGACCUCGGCAUGGAGGCGAUCCCGCUAGUGCAGACGUUCGGCCACCUGGAGUUCGCUCUGAAAUUGCCCGAAUUCCGGCACCUGAGGGAACUGGACGCCUUCCCCCAGGAGGUGUGUCCCUCGCAGCCCGCCGCGCAUGCGCUGGUGCGUGAGAUGGUGCGUCAGGUGAUGGCGCUGCAUCGCACAUCGCGCUACCUGCACAUUGGCUGCGAUGAGGUGUUCCAUCUGGGUGCGUGCGGCCGGUGUACGCAGAGGCAUGUCGACAACAGAGAAAUCUUCGCAGAAUACGUGACGUCAGUGGCAGAGCACAUAAAGUCCACCUACCAGGGCGUCACGCCUCUCAUCUGGGACGACAUGAUGCGCCAAUGGAGUCCGCAGUUUCUCACCUCAACCAAACUCGGCAGUCUGGUCGAACCGGUGGUCUGGGUUUACACAGAUGACAUCGGCAAACUGGUUCCGCACUACGUCUGGCACUGGUACAUGAAGACCUUCAAGUCCGUCUGGGUAGCGGGAGCCUUCAAGGGAGCGACCCUCUCCACUUCCGUACUCCCAGACGUGCGCAGACACUACAGCAACCAACAGGCGUGGCUGGAGUUUAUUUCGAAAACACCUGAGCGGGUGAACGGGUUUGUGUUGACGGGUUGGUCGAGGUAUGAUCACUUCGCCGUGCUUUGCGAGCUUCUCCCACCUUCCAUACCUUCCUUACUACUCAACCUACUACUGAUAACCUCUAGGAAACCUUCAAAAACUGAACAGAUCUACAAACUAUGGAAGUCACUCAUGCGAUGCUCCCCUUCAUCCGAGAUGACAAUUGAAACCUUCACAACCGACCCUCGAUCGGUUGGUACAUGUUCCUUCCAGGGCGCUGACGUUUAUAUCCUCAUGGGCAACUACCUCAACCUCAAGGAAACCGUAGACAAACUACACGAAACACUGACCGAGCAGAACGGUUGGAUGACUUACUAUAAUGUGAAACACAACUUCACAAGUCCGUGGAGACUGGUGGAGGAUUUCACAAAUCUGAACGGUAUCACACUUCUCAAAGAGGUGCAGCUGUUCAAGAAUGAGACAAGCGCUAUUUUGUCGACAUACUUCGAUGUGCAUGUGGUCAAUGAGUGGAUUGAACAGAGGAUAGAGCCGAUGGAAGUGAAGCUGCAGCGACUGCAGAAACAAAUGGAGACACUCAUCAACAUAGAGUCUUGGCCAAGGCGUCCUCUCAACUAAAACUCAGUGGAUCAAGUUUUUACAUUAGAAUGACGACUUGCCGACUUACAGUUCGUAAUAGAUGGAGAAACUUAAGACUUCAACUUAGUGAAAUUGGUUGGAGUACUCUCUCACAUGAGAAAUUAUCAUGAAAUUACUACAUUUCAAUCAAUUUUGUCUGAAAAUGAGAAGGAAAUAGAGCUACAGCAACAGAAAUUAGUCGUAUGGUAGAUCUUUAGUGAAAAGUGACAGUAUUAGG